GGACAAGUGUUGUGAUCUUCUGAAUCUGGGUGCAGUUUGUGACCCAGAUGAUAAACGCCUGAAAAAAAACAAUCGACGAUGGGCAUGGCAAGCGGUGGUUGCCCUUGUGCCAAUUCACCCUCCAAUUGCCUUUUCUCGUGUGAUCCCUUACUCUCGGAAAGCACCAACUGCAGCUUCGCUAAAUUAUGCUCCGGUGUUUCUUUGCCCUUUUCGGAAAACGAUUCAGCAAAGUGCAGUCUUGAUUGCCACACUCAUAUUUGUCGUGCGGAGGGGAAGAUGGGGCAGAAUUCAGAGACCCGGUCACCUGGAUGUAUCUUCGUCGACACCGUACUGCCCGGGAAGAGGAAGAGGAAAACAAGAGAGAGGAGGGCUAAAGAGAGAGAAGUUAAGGUGUCUCGUUAUUUUAUGAAGAGUGGGAGUGGUUGCUCUCAAUUCCAGGGAGAGUCGAUUGUUGAUGUUGCAAGUAGCAAGGUUUUGGGAUGUGAUGUUGCUUUCCCUGCUGCAGUAUGUGGGAGGAAGGUUAGGAGGAAGGGGGAGAGGUUAGAGAAAGAAAAUCAAGAAAUUAGCAGAAAUGUAGAGAGUGGAUGUCCCCAUUUUGAGGAGGAUGUCUCUGCACUAUUGGUAGAUGAGAGUAAUCUUAAGAGUAACAGGAAAAUAAUAAGAAGGGAUGUAAAGAGCAGUGAUAGAGAUGAUGGUUUGAGCCCUGAAAUGAAGCAAUUAGAUGGAGCUGGGAGCGGCAAGAAGGGAGAACGAAAUAAGAAACGAAAAGGGCGUAUUACUUCCCCUUAUUUCAGGAAGAAAGGUGCGAAGGAUGAAAGCAUUGCUGUUGCCCCUGUUUCGGAGAAUGAUGGUGUUGUGAGCAAACAAAGAAAGAGGAUGACGAGUAAGACAAGCAGUACUAGAAAGGAAAUUUGUGAUUUUAAGAAAAGAGAGCGAAGAAAGAAUGAAAAUGAUGGAACUAGAGAUUCCAAGAAAUGUGUGAAGGAUGAGAAGAGAGUUUCUCAACUUGAAGUGCAGAAAUCUGCAGCAGUGUUUGAAGAAAGUGAUGUGAUACGAAGUAGGAAAAAGAAAAAUAAGAAGAUAGAAGAUAUAGAUGGUGAUCGCUACGAAAAACCGAAUGAUGGAGUUUCACGUACUUGUGAUAAUGUCAUGGAGGAAGAGCAGGCUGAAGCUUCAUGUUUGAGUGACCAGGCUCUUGGUAGUACACCAAAGACACAGGCCGAAAAGCUUUCCUUAGAUGACAUAUUAUCUCAAUUUGCAUAUACAGGUGGUGAAUGUUACCCGAACUCUGCCAAUUUCGCUCGCCACCCCCCUCCACUGCAGAAGAUAAAAGCAGUUGGUAAAACCGAAUGCAAUACUGCUGCUGAGAAUGAUGAUAUCUUGGGCGCAUCCAAGGACAUUGGUAGUCAAUCUACAAUUAGUCCCGAAAAUGAGAAUGAUGAUGUCUUGGGUGCAUCCGAGGACAUUGGUAGUCAAUCUGCAGUUAGUCUCGAAAAUGAGAAUGAUGAUAUCUUGGGUGCAUCCAAGGACAAUGGUAGUCAAUCUGCAGUUAGUUCCGAAAAUGAGAACUAUGAUAUGUUUGGUGCAUCCAAGGACAUUGGUAGUCAAUCUGCAGUUAGUCCCAAAAAUGAGAACGAUGAUAGCUUGGGUACAUCCAAGGAAAUUGGUAGUCAAUCUGCAGUUACUGUAAAAAAUGAGAAUGAUGAUAUCUUGGGUGCAUCCAAGGAAAUUGGUAGUCAAUCUGCAGUUAUUCUCGAAAAUGAGAAUGAUGAUAUGUUGGGUGCAUCCAAGGACAUUGGUAGUCAGUCUGCAGUUAGUCUCGAAAAUGAGAAUUAUGAUAUCUUGGGUGCAUCAGAGGACAUUGGAACUCAAUGUGCAGUUAGUCCUGAAAAUGAGAAUGAUGAUAUCUUGGGUGCAUCUGAGGACAUUGGUAAUCUAUCUUCAGUUAGUCUCGAAAAUGAGAAUGAUGAUAUCUUGGGUGCAUCCAAGAACAUUGGUAGUCAAUCUGAAGCUAGUCCCGAAAAGGAAAGCGAAGGAAGUAUCAGAAUUGGGAUUAAACACAGUGUUAUAGUGUCUCAGAGAAAGACAAAAGGCCGUGCAGGAUCCCGGGAGGUUCGUGUUAUUUCUCCCUAUUUUGCGACCGCAGAUAUUAAAAACAAUGUUAGUAGUACAAAGGGAGGAACCAUGGGAUCCAAGAAACCAAAAACUCAGAAGUUGUCUCGCUACUUUUGCAGCUUGCCUUCGAAGAACAUGAAUGAGAAUAUAGCCCUAUUUGAUAUUCCAGUUGAUUCUGUAGUUGGACAACAAGACGGAAAAAAAAAUAAAGUGCAACGAUCAAAAAGCAAGAAAAAGAAAGUUCCCACUCCAUGUCUAACUGCUGCCCAGAAAAUGGACGAGGCUUAUGAAAGAAAAACUCCGGAUAACACUUGGAAGCCUCCAAGAUCACCUUUUGAUCUCCUCCAAGAAGAUCAUGCAUUUGAUCCUUGGAGGGUUUUGGUGAUAUGUAUGCUUCUUAACCAGACUACAGGCCAGCAGGUUGGAAAAAUACUGUCCAAAUUUUUUGAGCUUUGUCCAGAUGCGGAGACUGCUACAAAGGUUGUCUCAAAGGACAUCGAGGAAGUAAUACGCAGUUUAGGUUUGCAUAAGAAAAGAGCAGAGGGGAUUCAGAUGUUCUCAAAGGAGUAUUUGAGUGAGAGAUGGACACAUGUAACUCAGCUGCCGUACGUGGGAAAGUAUGCAGCUGAUGCAUAUGCAAUAUUCUGUACGGGGAGAUGGGACCGUGUUGUCCCGGUUGAUCAUAUGCUCGUAAAAUACUGGGAGUUCGUCUCUGGGAAAUUACAAUAGGAAGAGCCUUCUCCUCUCUCUGUCUCUGUAGGUGUGUCACAGAUUCAUCAACCUCUCUCUCUCUUUAGGCAGCAGCCAUCAAUGUUGAUUUUUGGAUUUUUCCUGUUGUAUACACAGGCAGGAUCUCACAAUCUCAGAGUCUUCCACUUCAUAUCCAGCAAAACUUCAGUGGGAUGAGGCACAAACUGCAAUUCAGCAGUUCCAAAGCCUAAUGAAACAAUGUGGUUAUUCAUGGCUAGUGAAAGCAUCAUUGCAUGAUCUUUCAAGAACUUGGCAACUUGAAAGCAGGCAAGGCAUCACACAAGGCUGCUGACAGCACCCGCGCCCCUAAUGAACUGGCAAAGGAUUUGAACUUGAACUUGCUGUCAUUCUUGCAAUCUUCAACACAGGCAGCUCAGAUAAUGCCCAAGACAGACUUGAACACAAGUUGGUUUUUUACACUCUUAAUGUCCCCAACUUUUUACCUUACCUUGGAUGGCUGUAAUACUCAAGUAAAAGAGUUGGUGUUGAAGGAGAGGGGAUUGCAAGAGAAGCUGAUGUCAAAAAAACACCACUGUUUGGAUUCUUAUGAGAAGAAAUCCGGUGGUCGGGAUAUUGAGAAUAGAGUUGCCGCAAUCCAACAGAAAAUUAGAGUCUGUUUCUUUUGGGCUUUUUGGAUUUCAAUGAACUGCUUGAAGUUAUUGAUGAAAUCUGAAGGUGAUAGGUUAAUACUCGUGACUUGAAAUUGUUUUUAUGUGAACUGAGUUGAAAUUUUGUUGAGGAUUUAAUUUUGUUUUGUAUUGGGAAAGUUAUGCACUUAUAAAUUAGAAAUACUUAGGCCUACAAAUUAUAAAGUUAUGCAACUCCAUUCACAUCCUCAUUUUUUGUGUUUGCUACAGUGCGAUACACCAAUUAUGGUGUUUUUUAUUUUUUAUUUUUUUAUUUUUACA